UCAUCAUCAUCAUCAUUCUUUGGAAUCAUCAGAUCAUAAUGAGCAACUCAAAAUCAUACUGGAGGAAACAAAGAUGGGGAACGCCGCCACAAACGUUAACGCCAUUAAUGGAAGGACCAGAUCCAGACAUGCAAGACGAAAGGGCCAAGAAGGAGAGCUCAUGGGAAGCGAUUAGAGAAUGGUUUAAGGUUCAAAAGAGCAUUUCCGGAAAUAUGUCUUCUCCUUCAGUACAGCCACUGUGCAACAGUUACGACGUAGUGGCCAAGGGGCAAGACUUGAGGCUCUUGCUCGGCGUUUUGGGUUGUCCUCUUGCUCCAAUCUCCGUCGUCGUCGUCUCCGACCUAUUAUCCGAUGAUCCUCUUCUUGGUUCUUUUCAAAUUAAGAAUGUCCCAUUUGAGACUUCGACAGCGCAUUAUAUAAUACAGCAAUACUUAGCGGCGACGGGGUGUCUAAAGCGAGCUAAGGCGGCGAAGAACAUGUACGCGACGGGGAUAAUGAAAAUGAGCUGCUGUGAGACGGAGAUCGCCGCCGGUAAAAGCGUUAAAACACUCGGCGGUGGCGGAAACGGUCGGAGCGGAGAUAGCGGUUGCUUCGUGUUGUGGCAGAUGCAACCUGGUAUGUGGUCUCUUGAGCUCGUUCUCGGUGGCACUAAACUCAUCUCCGGCUCCGAUGGUAAGACCGUUUGGCGCCAUACGCCAUGGCUCGGUACUCACGCCGCUAAAGGCCCUCAACGUCCACUUCGUCGUCUCAUCCAGGGCUUGGAUCCAAAAACCACAGCAGGUCUAUUCGCAAAGGCCCAAUGCUUAGGCGAGAGGAGAAUCGGCGACGAUGACUGUUUCGUCCUAAAAGUCUCCGCCGAUCGUGACUCAUUGAUAGAGCGGAACGACGCCGGAGCUCCGGCAGAGGUUAUACGCCACGCACUGUACGGAUAUUUCUGCCAGAAGAGCGGUCUACUAAUCUAUUUGGAGGAUUCGCACCUCACUAGAGUCACGACGAUCUCGCCGGAGGACGAGGCGGUUUACUGGGAGACGACAAUCGGAAGUAGCAUCGGGGAUUACCGCGACGUUGAUGGAGUCGCCGUCGCGCAUUGUGGCCGUGCCGUUGCGACAGUGUUCCGAUUCGGAGAGACGUCGUUGCAGUAUAGCAGGACGAGGAUGGAGGAGAUCUGGAGGAUAGACGACGUCGUUUUCGAUGUGCCUGGGCUUUCAUUGGAUUCCUUUAUUCCUCCCGCCGAUAUUUUUGAAGAUGAUAACAUUAAUAAUAUUCACAGUCAUGUAAAUUCCCGGUAAACGUGGACUAAUUUAAUAACCAAAAAAUCAAUUUAUUGGCGGGUUAGUUGAUGGUAUAUGACGACUAUAUGUACAUUUUGGUUCUAUAAAAUCUAAAAG